UCACUCAGGGCACCUGCUAUAAACAAUAUGGCUGCCGUUAGAAAGUGAAAAUUUCUCGAUAAGCAUCUAACAUCAAGAAAGAUGACAAAAAGCAUCUAAUAUGUAAUUUGUGUGCGUAUGUAGAUUGAAAAGUUGUUAUUUUAUAAAAAAUGUCAAGUGGAGAUAAGGGUCAAAUCGGUACAGAGUCGCCACGGCCUCUAAGGAAACGACGAACCCGCAUGGCGAACGACAAACGGAUCGCGGAUGAUGAAUUUAUGGCAGCUGCCAUCGGAGACGUGGAAUGGCUAAGACAAAGUCUAAGGGAACAAAAAGGAAAGAUUAAUUUUGAUAAAAAUGGUUUGUCAGCGGUACACCUGGCUGCUAUUCAUGGUAGACUGGACUGUCUGAAACUUCUAAUAGAGAAAUACAAGGUCAACAUAAACCUGCCCAGUACGACAGGAUGGAGGCCGAUACACCUGUGUAUCAGCAAUCAGACCGGGAAGAGGGCUCUACAAUGUCUGCAGUACCUAAUCAACAAGAAUGCCGAUCCAUCUGUUCCAAACAAUGAUGGAAUUACUCCGGUACACCAGGCAGCAUCUGAGGGACAUGUUCAAUGCCUCAAACUUCUGAUCGAAAUCGGAGCUAAAAUUGAUGGAAAAGACAUCCGAGGGCAUACACCACUAGAUCUUGCCAAACUCUGGGGGCACAAGAAAUGUGCCAGAAUACUUGCUGCUGAGCUGUGGCACCAGGAUAAGGAUAAUGUAGCCAAGGAGCUGGGACAACUGAAGAAACUGAAGAUGCAACAGGUUCUGAAGGAAAUGGAGGAACAGGGAGAGUUUAAGGCAGCCCAGGAAUAUUAUGGAGAGAAAGCCUAUCAGGAAUGGAUGCAGAAAAAGGGCCUGGUACAAUCGCCAACUGAGGGUAACAAAGAGGAAGGAACAAAGUUAGAUGCAAAUCAAAAAGGGAAAACUGGUGAAUCCUUGAUGAAGCCUAACAGCAAAGUACAGCAACCCAGUGGGAAAAAGAGCGGCAGUGAAAGAAGCAACAUCCACGUAGCUUUCCGCGAUGACAGGACACCUUCACCUCCAAGCUCCAGAAAGCAGACGGAUGUUUCAGAUGAUCAUGGUAAAGAAGAUACUGAUAAAGAAAACCAGGUCAGCUCAGCCAGGGCAAAACCAAAGUUUCAUGCUUUUGUUAACCCAGAGUCCUGGAGGCUUGCACUUCAUCCUCCCAAAACAGAGUACAUUACCGACCUGAAGGAUGAAUAUCCCAGAGAUGAGUACACCAUGAUGCCUAGAACAAAGUCCGCUCACAAGUAUUUUGAUGGAAAAUUUGCCUGUGUAGAAGAUAUCACGGAGAGAGAUUUGAAAAAUAAGAAACUGAAAAAAGAUGUGCGGAAGCCUAAUUUACCAAGGGAGGUCAUCAGACAGGGUCUCUCUAAAGAUCCUACACUUGACCAGCGUCCAGUUUUAUUCAAACCUAUUCACAUGUUUGAUGUCACCAUGAAGAAGAAAUACGGGGAUACUGUGAAAGGAAAGAGCGAGGUGUCCCUACAUCUGUGUGAUGAUGUUUCCUCCAUUGUUUAUAGGAACAGUCUUCAGAGAGCAAACACUAUUGACGUAGUCUCGCCCCGAUCUGUCACCUCAGAUUGGCUAAGUGCCAGGUUUCCUAGGGACAAAGUUAUAAAUACCAUUAAAAAUAUGAAAAAUCCCACCAUGUUCCCCAAUAUACGUGGAGAGGAAUAUGACAUUAAUUAUGGAGACAUUGCCACUUUUAAUUAAGUUCAGGCUAGACAGUUAUUUCCAAGAUGAAUUUGCUAGGCUCUGUAAUCUGUGUCUUACCAUUGUUAGAAGUCUUGUUUCAUCUGAUGACCGUUGACCAAUUUAUUGAUUUAUAAAUUAUAGUGUUACAGACAGAAAUAUAUGAAUACUGUACCCGUACUUAUUGUGUCCAAAAAAAGUAUUGCUGGCCAAUUUGCUUGAAAGUGAAGAAGUAGAAAAGCUUUUUGUAUUGUGCCUUUUAAUGUACUGCUGCUAUUUGUUGUGUGUAUUAUUUAAAGAUAAUUAAAAAGAGUUCUUUUCACUUUACAGAGAACAAGACUUAAAGAUAUAAACAAAGCCAAAGAAUUGAUCUUUGGUCAGACAGACAUUUACUUUAUGGUCAUUUUCCUGACUUUUGUGACAAGACAAUGUGUAUUAUGAAUUUUUAAGCAUCAGCUAUCCAACACCAGUCUAACAAGUAUUAAAUACCAAAUAGUCAUUCCCAGAAGACAAGUUAUUUUAUUUAGUUUUCAGUUUUAAAAUUUAAUUGUCACUAGAGUUAUUUUGUUAUUUUUUGAAAAGGUUGACAACUAUGAAUUUUAUAACCAUUUAAAGAAG